GGGCGGAGGAGCCAUGGCGGCGGGCGCGGCCAGGUCUCCGCUGCCGCUGCCGCUGCUGCUGCUGGCGUCGUCCCGGACGGGCGGAGGAGGCGGCGGCGGCGGCGGCUGCGGGGGCUGCGGGGGCUGCGGCGGCUGCGGGGCGCGGGCGGCCGGAGCCUUCCCCGCGCUGGGCGCCGGCCCCACCCGACGCCGGACGGUGCACCAGAGGCUGUAUUCAUGGCCGAAACUGAGAGUUGUCUAUUGCAGUACUGUUUUGCCCUCUGAUGACGUGACGGUCGUGUACCAAAACGGGUUACCUGUGAUCUCUGUGAGGCUGCCGUCCCGGCGUGAGCGCUGCCAGUUUACCCUCAAACCUAUCUCAGACUCCGUGGGCGUGUUUCUCCGACAGCUUCAGGAGGAAGACCGGGGGAUUGACCGGGUGGCCAUCUACUCUCAAGAUGGCGCCCGAGUAGCCUCAUCCACAGGGAUUGACCUCCUGCUCCUUGAUGACUUCAAGCUGGUCAUUAACGAUUUAUCCUACCAGGUCCGACCGCCAAAGAGAGAGCUCCUAAGCCACGAAAACGCAGCCUCGCUGAAUGAUGUGAAGACCCUGGUCCAGCAGCUGUACACCACACUGUGCAUCGAUCAGCACCAGCUGAGCAAGGAGAAGGAGCUGGUGGAGCAGCUCGAGGAGCUCAAGGAACAGUUGGCUCCCCUGGAAAAGGUGCGGCUGGAGAUCAGCAGGAAAGCGGAGAAGAGGACGACCUUGGUGCUCUGGGGCGGGCUGGCCUACAUGGCCACCCAGUUCGGCAUCCUGGCCCGGCUCACCUGGUGGGAGUACUCCUGGGACAUCAUGGAGCCUGUCACCUACUUCAUCACCUACGGAAGUGCCAUGGCAAUGUACGCUUACUUCGUAAUGACGCGUCAGGAGUACAUCUACCCAGAGGCCAGAGACCGACAAUACCUGUUAUUUUUCCAUAAAGGAGCCAAAAAGACACGUUUUGACCUAGAGAAAUAUAAUCAACUCAAGGAUGCGAUUGCUCAGACAGAAUUGGAUCUGAAGAGGCUGAGAGACCCACUGCAGGUCCACCUGCCCCUCCAGCGGAUCGGCCAUAAAGACUGAUCAGCAAGAACCUCCGAGCCCGCCCCCCGCCAGACGGAGCGCCUGUUUAUAACUCUUGCCUUUUUAAUUAAAAGCAUUACAGGUGGCAGCUGGGAGGUGUGAGGGUGGAGGGUUUUUACCUUUAAUUAAGAAAUGAAAAAACAAAACGGAUCUUAGGAAAAAGAAUGCUAAAAUCUGACGAUCAGGCAUUGUGGAAUGGAAGUUUCAAAGGGCUCGGAGAAUACUGUCUUAGUCCAACAUCUUGGUUUCUAGCUGAAAAGGAUGAGUGACAGACGGUUGGGGGUCGGGGGAGGCGUUUCCGAAGGACCGAGGCGGGCUGCCGGGGGGUUGCCCUUGCAUCUCUGCGGGGUCUGCGGCUCAGUAACCCAGCAGCGCCCCACUCAACUCAGACUCUUUUUUCAUUUAACUUAUUUUUGACAGACCGGUAGUUAGGGUCUCCCUGCAAAGCAAACCACCAGGUCUGGGCUAGGGGAGCAGAAUCUGAGCCAAGAGCAUUUGCCCGUCGAAUCUAGUCCGAGUAAAAUUCCUGCAAGCGGGCUGUCUCCAGAGGACAGGAAGUUCUGCCCCAUAGGACAUAGGUACCCCUGCCACCUCCAUUUCACUGACCGCCCCCCUCUGCUGCCACUUGGUACAUGAAGCCAUUCAACCCGAAUCAGACACGGAAUCCACCUCAGAUUGAUAAUUAACACAUAGGAUGGUUCCUUAAUACCUUCUUGAACUUCGACAUAUCCCAGUGCCUGGGUCUUCAUCUAAGAAUCAACGGCGACACUGCAUGAGUUUUUUUACGAAUCGAUCUUUCAGGGUAGGGAGAAGUCUCUCCCCCUGCUUCCCCUUUCCCAGCCCACCAUGUCCCUUUUCCGUGCCCCAAGUCUGGGGCCAUCUGGUUUCCCAAAUCAGGAAGGUUUAGGCUUAAGACGUAGAUUUAGGAGGUUGACUCAGAAUCAUGACUUGUAUAAUCAAGCAGUUUCAGAAUCAGAAUGAUUCCACCGCUGUUCACCGGCUUGUGUGACUCCAUGUGAGACUGCCCUCGGCGCCCCUGCCGGGUCCGGAUACUCCGUGGAGACCGGCGCUCCGACAGGAUGCAGACACCCUCUUUGGUUUGCUAGCCCGCGCCCCUCUCUGGGAGCCCAAGAGGCCGACUCUAGGCUAGAGGUUGCGCCUCGUUCUCACUUCUGCCUUCCACCAGCUCUUCUUACCGGGUGUUUCUUCAAGGUCAUUGAGAGAAUGGACCAGUCCCUCCCUCUCUCCUUCUCCAAAAUGUUCUUCUGCCCACGCCCCGUGCGACAUCCUCGUUCAGAAUGUCAGUAACAUGGGUGUCUCUCCCUAUCCUGUGUGUCACUGUUCGGAGGACUGGACGGAGGGGAGGAGAAGGGCUUAGUGCACAGCUGAUUGGUUUUAUUCCAUUGCACAGUUCGCUUCUCCUCACUCUGGCGAGUGGCUUUUUUUUUUCCCAUCCUCCUUGGGGGUGUCGUGUGUGAAACGCAAACCUGAGAGAAGGACGUGACCCAGACAGACACCAGGUGCCUUGCGGAUGCUGAAACCGGGCUAAGAUUGCUGCUGUCUCUGCUGCCGCCACCACCCCUCCUCUUCCUCACCCAGUGGCAUGAUGGAAUGGAUGGAUGCAUGUGUCUCCCUUUCACACACCUCCCCCAUCCUCCGUACCCCACCGCAUCCCUCACCCCCUCACCCCUCCCCUUCUGUUUGGUCUUCCUUUUUUUAAUUGUGUGGAUUAUUUUUAAAACAUUUUAUCCUGAUUGCGGGCAGGGUUUUUAAGGGGAAACAGCACAGUGUGGGAAGCAAAUCCUUGGCGUGCGCAUGUGAGGUGAGGGGUGGGGGGCGGGGAGGGUGGAGUAAAGUCCUUAGCAAAAUGGCAGAAUAUUGAACAUGUGUAAAAUCCUGUAUCAUUUAUGAAAUAUGUAUAAAAGAGCAAUGUACCUUCUGGAACAAUAAAUACCUAUUCAGUUUUUGAA